UAAAAUAGGACAACACGGGCCCUGAUUUGUUUCCGACGCUCGCCGUGGAAUCUAAGGCUUAACUAACCGCCGGGCCUGCCCGUUUAUGUACUACGUGGAAUGAGGCUCAGGACAAGUCAGACGCAUCCUGGUUUAUACUACUACCGCGGACUCGAAUAAGUCGAUUCUUCCUUUCAAAAACGGACGUCAAGUCACAAGUCUCGGGUCUUAGGGGCAGUAUAUUUAACGUCGCUGUGGUUUACAAGCCUCCUGGUUGCUCCGGGUCAAUAUUUAAACACCAUUAUAGCCUGAGAUACUAUGCAUACCCCAUACAUCGUUCAAUUGGCCUCAAUUGACCAUGUCCACACCUUUCCCCAGUGAUGAAACUGCAAAAGAGACUCCUGCAAGCGUCUCGAAACCCAUCAAAAGCGCUGAAAAUGCAAGCCUUGUCGACUCCUCGGUUGCGCUAGGUUUUCCCGAAGGUGGUUUUACUGCUUGGGGCACAGUACUGGGCGCUUGCUUGAUCCAAUUCUGUGGCUUUGGAUAUACUAGCGCGUACGGUGUCUUCCAGGACUUUUACACUCAAACAUACCUAACAAAUUCCACACCAUCUGCAAUCGCCUGGAUAGGAAGUGUUAAUGCGUUCUUGGUGCUAUCAGUUGGUGUCGUGUCAGGAAGGAUGGUCGACCGGGGCGCAUUUUACCCUCUGAUGAAAAUCGGCUGUCUCCUUCAAUGCCUCUUUCUUUUUAUAUUGUCCCUGGCGAAACCAGAUGGGUAUUAUCAAAUAUUCCUUUCCCAAGGUGUCGGUUUUGGUAUUGCAAUAGGCCUUACGAAUAUUCCCUCUAUUGCCAUAGUGUCGCAUCACUUCCAGCGAUGCAGAGCUGUUGCGAUGGGAAUUGUCGUUGCGGGGUCGUCACUGGGUGCAAUAUUGCACCCCGUCAUACUCAACAAUCUUAUCAAUAGAAGACUCGGCUUUGCAAAUGGUGUCCGUGCAAGUGCGACUCUGAAUAGUGGUCUGCUUUUCAUCGCAAACCUCCUGAUGCGAACAAGGAUCCCACCGCAACUAAACGCCGUUAGCUACACUCGCAUUCUGAAAAACUCGUCGAGAGAUGGUGCUUACAUUUGUGCUUGUGUAGCGAUGACUGCUUUUGAAUUCGGAUACUUCUUUGAAGUCUUUUACCUUCAAUUGGAUUCCACCCUGCAUGGUCUAAGCGAAGGAUUUUCGUUUUAUUCACUCACAAUCCUUAGUUUUGGUUCUUUCAUUGGAAGACUUACUGCGGGUGUUGUCUCUGCCUACGUGGGCAUCCCAAACACGGUCGUUGGCUCUUUAUUAAUAUCUUCCGCUGUAAUAUUUGCAAUGAUCGGCUUGCAGUCGGCGGUCAGUGUAGCUGUGAUAGCUGCAAGCUAUGGGCUUUUUUCCGGAAAUUUUAUAGCACUGAUGGGCCCAUUGGUAUCGUAUCUGACUCCUGAAAAUUCACAUAUUGGUGCACGGAUGGGCAUAAUGUUUGCAAUAUCUAGCGUUGGAUCACUCCUGGGUGCACCGAUUUGUGGGGCUUUCCUGACGUCGCAUUACAUCUGGUGGAAGGCUGCUGUCUUUGCUGGGAGCGUUGCUACUGGCGGCUGUAUCGCGCUCGUAUUCAUGCAAGUCAUCUUGAAGAUGCGCCAAAAGGCUUCAAGCGUUUGUUCCAAGGAAGCUGGUGUCUGAUUUGUGUCACCCCGGCAUGUGUAAUACUUAAGACGCUGAUCUAUGAGCUACCCUGGAGCAUAGAGUACGAGAAAAGGGAAAAAUUAAGUUAUAGUUCGACUAGCUUAUUUUUGAUGUUACUGUUUUCUAGCGUCCAUGUUGAUGUGAUAUGACACGUCCUCCUCCUCCUUCACUCGUCACUCAACUUGCCUACUACCUCUCGUCCACGCUAAUAUAUAUAAGCACUGAUUGUCAAUGGGUCAUGAUGUAAUGAGAAUAAAUGUCACUAAUAAUGUC